UCAGUAUCUGCAGACGAAAGGCUUUACUUUUGACAAAGUAGUGACCAACCCAGAUUGUUUCUGCCCGAGAAGAGCUGUCACUAUUGUUAAGGCACUUUUAAAAUCAGGCCAAUAUGGAAUUUCAGUAGAGAGAAGAUUAAGUUUUUAGAAGAGAAUGCAGGAGAAAAAAUAAAAGAUGCCAGACUCUCUUUGCGAGAAGGAAACAGUAGGGAGAUGCUGAAGUGUAUUGAUGGCUUUUAUUUUGAACUCCAGAUCAGAUGAUCAGCGAUCAAAGUAGCAGUUAUGUUUGAGGCUGUUCAACCCCAGAGUCUACUAUCAGUAAGUGAAGAAGAGUUAUUGGUGUCCGUUCCAAAGUUAGUCUCUUUUUUUACGAUGAGGUAUCAGAAGAUAACCUUUUAAUAGAAAUACCAAAGGCUUAGAAGAUACCUAAAGGCAUCUGAUAUUUAAUUUCACAAAUUCAUAGACUGGUCAGUAUUUGGUGUUUUGAAAUUCAUAGCUGAAUGGGUGUUUCUAGAAUCUCUUCCAAUACUCUCACUAAACCUUCAUUUUUUCUUGCGAUCUGUGUGUCUGUGGCUUCACUUUAUACAUAUUAUACUCUGCUCAUAUAAUGUCGAAAAUGUUUUUUGUUUUUUUAAAAAUUUAUUUAUAGGCCUACUUUAAGGAAGAAAUCCCCCAUAAAAAUAUUUCUUUUGGCGCACAUUUUUUAUCUUUUAACAUUGGCUAGAUUGCCUAGUCUAAUCAUGUCUAAUGAUCUCAAUAAACCAUUUUUUAUUCUACCUUUGAAAGUUUAUAACUCUGUUUCUAAAAAUUUCACCAUAUUUUAAAACGUAGACUUGGCCACAUUUAGAAAUACCAUGAUGUCUAAUUGAUUGGGACAAAAUUGCUCUUAAUAAAAUUCAUUUAUUGUUAAUACAAAUAGCAGAAAAACCUUUUUUACAAAAAUUUCAAUGUAGUAAAACUUUAAUAAGACCACCCUAGCGGCGAUACCACUUCGGUGGAUACCGAACAUGACGUCACGUAUUCCACGUUUGUAACAAGAUGGCGUCCUUGGUUAGUAAAAGAUCCAUCCUUUUUGUUGCCAUUUUUUUGUGUUUUCAAAUAGCGAAUAACUCUAAUACGGAUUCCUUACCAAGAAAUAACCUAUUUAAUUAUUUGAAAAUGUAUGAUUUUGUAUGACACUGCUCAGUUUUUUAUGUGGUCUAGCUGAGGCUAAUAAUGAGUAAUUACGGUAGGUCUUCAGUCUUCUUCUACUUCAAGUUGUCUUCUUCUGACUUCUAAGACUACGCCGAUCUUUUCUGACACUAAACUUGUGUCGUCCCACAAGUUAGUUGUUGAUCACUGUACACUACUUUACAGUAUAGGUCGAUUAAACUCUCAUGCAAAUGACUACACUCAAGUGUCUACAAUCUACUAUACUAUGCCUAUGCCCUACCUAUGACCUAUGCCCCCAAUUUAUUUUCUAUAAUUUCACAAAACUUAUCUUAGAAUAAAUGUAAAAAAUCUUCUUUUUUUUGGUCUCCAUCUAUGAUUGUUUUUUUUUCAUACCACCCUCAACAUUGCUAACAAAUAUUUAAAGUUCGAAGUGGUUAUGCGCAGCCGACUGCGUAUAACCCUGAGAGUUAUACGCAGUCGGCAAGUCACGUGAGGUCUAUAUGAGUCCUGUGUUACAGUAUUAGUAUCGAUCGAUAAAGGUGCCUCCUUAUCAGAUUGACUGGGUGGUCGAAUGGUCUAAACUGAGCAAACAUCAAGUUGGUGGACUUGAGUUCAAUUCCAGCCGAAGGUCAGCCAUGAAUAUGUGUUAGUUGUUAUGCUUGUUCUCGAGAAUGGAGCAAAAUGUAGGCUUAAUGUAGGGACCUCAGUAUCGACCGGAAAUACCCGAAAAACGGGUAUCGUAUUUUCGUUGUCAUUAUGGCGACCUCUACUUUUUAAUUUACUGAGGGUAUCGUUGUUUCGCGUUUCAUAAUCGAUAUUUAGCAUAAUAAUAUAAUUUUACUUCCGCCAAUUACUUAAAGCCGACAUCUUUCCUGUUAUAUUAAGAGUUCGUUUGAUUUUUUGGGUCAAGAUUAAAGCUUUGAAAAUUGAAGUUAAAAAUUGGUCAACUUCACUCAAGAAUAACUUAAUUUAAAAAAUGCGCUCUUAAAUAAAAAUACUCCGCUCUUUUAGUUUAUAUGUUCAUUUAAAACAUAUCCAAAAUUCAUGAGUGUAGACCAUGGGUGGGCUUCAAAAACGAAUUUCCAAGAUGUCAUUUUUUUAGGCUAUGUAAUUUGUCAUCAUGGCCACCGUGCUUGUCUGCUUAUUUCCAAUUAUCGAUAGCAGCCGUGGGGUAAUUAAUAAUUCAUUAAGUUGGUUAUCCAGAGUGUAAAUGGGAAAUAUAACUAAUAAUAAAUCAUUUUAUAUAAAUAAAAAAUGUUUUAUAACAUAAAUAAUUAUUAUUGGCUUAUUGAAUAUCAGUGAUUUUAAUUUUUGGGUUGGUUGCCAUGGACCUGGCUGACACUGACAUGGGAAUGAUAAGCUCUUGUCUUUGACUUAGAUAGUGAUAGGCUUAGUUUAAGUAUUAUAAUAGUAUUUAUACUAUUAUAAAUGAUUUAAGGAGUGGGAUAAAUAGCUUUUAUUACAACUAAUAUAUUUAUCAUUUAUAUUAGUUUAUAUAUUUAUAGAUAAAUAUUUAUUUGUAUAUAUAUAAUAUAUAUAAUGACCAUUAGGCUAGAGGCCUUGUAUACAUAUAAUAUAGUAUAAUACAAAGUAUACUAUAUCAGGGUUAAGGCCUAGACCCAACCCAACUAAUUUGUAGGGCCUAUUAUAAUAAAUUAUAUUUAAUGAUAUUUUAGGAUAUGUAAUAAAAUUUUAAUGAAUAUUGUGAUUCUUACUUAAGGCAUAAACUAAGUAAAACAUUUUGAAAUAUUCACUUACCUUUGGUAUUGAAAUAUCCUAUAUUUAAUCACAUAUCACAAUAUUCCACAAGAGAAUUAUUAUAUAAUCCUCGGUUUCUCAAAGAAAAAACACACUUUCUGGCACUACAAUCCAAGAAUUACUUAAGAUAUUAUUACAGAACAAUCAUAAUAACCUGUACUUACCUCUAGUAAAUGACUAGAACUUAUUUUAUUAACAGCUAAAGUCAAAGUUGAUUCUAAUAAUACAUGUGGAUUUGUAAAACAAGAUUACAAACUUAAAAUAAAUGACAUGCUGAUUGUUUUGUCAUACUCAUAGGAAUAAUAUAAUAUAUAGUAUACAUAUGUAGAAAAUGGUAAAAUAAAAAGUGUAAUUGUCAAUUUUAAAUAAAUAAAACAAAUAAUCCCUUUAUUAUUUGUUUAUGCUUAUAAAUGCUAAACAAUUCCACAGAAAAUCUGCAAUUAAUAUCUAAAGAAUAUUAUUAUUAUUAUGAUUGUUGGGAAAUUAAAAACAAAAUUAAAACAAAAUUUUAAUUAAUUAAUUACAAAUAAGUGAUGAGUCAGCAUUUUUAUACAUUUUUAAUAGGCAAAUAAUAAAGUUUUUUUUUUUAAUAUUUGCGGCACAUUAACAAAAACUAAUGUAUAUUUUGUGGCUUUAUUUAGAAGUACUCUUAUUUAACUAUGUUCCCUGUAAAUAUUAUAUUUUUGUCUCAUUUUAUAAUAAAGUUAUAGGCGUUAAAAAAAAAAGCAAAAUGAGGGUCACAAAUGUGGAGGAAAAUCCCAUAGUAAAAAAGUGGUUUUGAGGUCCCUACUAAAAAAUUCAUAACUUUUGAACCACUUGAGCUAGAAAGUUGAUCUUGGUGUUUUUGUAAUCUAUUCUCCAGGCUCUAUACAGCUGUAGUAUUUUUAUAUUUUUAAAAAUGUUUUGAAAUUUUCAUCAAAGUGACUACUUAUUGUUUUAUUUUGUUGUGGCUAAAACAUGUUGAAACAUGAUAAGAAUUAUUAACUUGACCAAUGUAAGGUUAAUAAUGUUAUUCUUAAAAUGAUCAUAUUAUAUGUUUGUGUUGUUAAUAUAUAUUUUGUGCUGUUAACUAAUUUUGUGGCAGAUAAAAACAUGUUUCUCUGGUACAGUAAUUAUAAUCAUGGGUGAUGAGUAGCAGAAAAAUAGCUGUAGGGGCAGGGGGUUCUGUAGAGAGGGCACUGUAUGUAAGUAAUACUUUCAAACAGUUAUAGUUUUGCAUGGAAGCAGAAAACUGUUACAUUUAUGUCACAAAAAAAAUCAUAAAUUAUAUAAUUUUUAAAAAUAAAUAGAAUAUAUUUCCUGAAUUAGUCAGUAAAACCAACCACAUGAUGGUCAUAGCAACAUAUAAAAAACUAAUCAAUCAGAAUACAGAACUAGACUUAGACCAUGGAAAUGCCUUUAAAAAAAUCAUCUUCUCAGGCUUAGACUCUAAGAAAUGUAGACUUUGACUUAGAUUUAUAAUUAUAAUAUAUAAUAAUAAAAUAAUAAUAAAGUUCAUUUCAAAAACACGCUUCAUCCCCAAAGGCUCGAAGCGGGGUACAUAGUGAACAAAAAACAAAUCUAUAAUUUACCACAUUUAAAACAAACGCAACACUACAAAAACUAAUUACAAGCAUACAAUGUCAAAGUCUUUCAACCCAUUUCAACCGUGAUACAAGCAAUAAUACUAAUAAUAGCACUAAUACUAAUACUAUUACUAUCAUUCAAUUUAAUUAAAAUUAAUUCAAUUAAAAUUUUACGUUAAACACAUUAAAGUUAUAGUUCAAAACAACACACAAUGCAGCUAAUUACACAUAAUACUUUUUUUAAAAAAUUGCCAAACUAGCGGUAAUAAACCUUAUUUGGCUAAAUUCCCAGCCGACUGCGUAUAACCCUGUGUAUAUUCUGUGUUAUAUAGUCCAAUAAUAUUAACCCUAUAACUGUCUAGAACAAAUUUCUAUAAUAGUGAUAAGCCAUUUUUAGCUACUUCGGUAAAUUAUGAGAGAUCUCCUCGGGGUAUCCGCCAUCUUGGUUGACAAAACCUGUUAAUUUUGUCACUAAACCUAAACUAAAUGUAUCCCUAUGCCUAACCUGAACCCUAAAUCGAUCCCCAUGCCUAACCUGAAACCUAAAUCGAUCCCUAUGCCUAACCUAACCCUAAAUCAAUCCCUCAACCUAACCUAAACCCUAAUUCUAUGCAACUAUAAUAAACACGCAAUGACGUCAUGGUCUUCCCAUUAAAAAUCAGCCGCAAUUUCAUAUUCAUAUUCAUUUGCUUGUCAAAAAUGACAAAAAUCCCAGACUCGGACUAAAUGAAUUCAGAGACUCUUACAAUUAUAAAUUUUCUGAAAGUCAGUGAAAGUACAUUGGACAAGGAAUCUUAUGGGAUGAAAAGAAUUUGUUUUUAUAUUAUGUAGGCUUUUACAGAGUGAGUAAAAUUGUAGUACUCGCUCAACUUCUGAAUUCAACCCACCCUAAAUACUCCAUAAAUUGUUCAUAUUAUCAUAAUUUAUGGUUACUUACCUGGAAAAUUGUGAUAUUGGUGAAUUUUUUCAUUCACUGCCUUCAAAUUUCUGUCAUACAAAAUACAUGGGGGGAAGGAACAAAAUGAGUUUAAAAAUUCCUUUUCAUUUGAAGUUAUUAAAUCCAUUUUUAUUUAUUAAUUUAUACCUCAGAACAUAUACAAACAUGAUAAUCUUAGGGGUAGAUCUUUGGGAUCAAAUCCGUGUCUUUUUCUGUUCGAUUUCCACCCUUUCCCAAUCGAAUGUGUCUGUAACAAUACAACUAAGCUUAGGGAUAAAAUUGUCAAUAUCUCGACAUCACCGCUAGAGCCUAUACUGUCAUUACUAACACAUGGAAUAGCUUUGCUUUCAUUUUAAUUUAUUUCCAAUAAAGAAAUUCUGUGUUAAUUUUGACAUCCCAAAGGGAGGGCCCUCUCCUGCAUCAGACAGUAUGGCGGUGAAAAAAUUUGAGAAAAUUUCACACCUAAUUAAUCACAAAAAAAGUCCCUGAUAAAAGCAUGUAAACACACUGAUAGUAACGGAAAUAGGAAGCAAACACAUUUUUAUAGAGUGAUUUCCCCUUAAACAGUAUAAUUUAAAUCGAUUCACAUUUUUAUGACAAUUUGCUAAUGUCAGCCGCGACACCACAGAAAGGGGUAUAACGGCUGAUGAUUGGCUGUUAUGACAGUUAUAGGGUUAAUUUAAAUGAUUGAAAGUGUUAAGAUUAAAUAGACCCCUAUCAUGCAUUAUGUCAGCUUGACAUAUCCCCCUGAAUGCUAAGUCAGUACCCCUCACUUAAGCGUAAAUUCAGCCCUAAAUUUACACACACACACACAUAUCCCCCCCCCCUGCGUAGAUAUUCAAACCAAAAAUCUAUGACCUAACCCUGAAACCAUGUGUUCGUGUGCUAUAAUAAUCUCUUGACUAUUAAGAAAAUUAUAAAUUUAUUAAAUUAUAUUAAAAAUCAUUUUUGAAAUAUUUAAAAUAAUGAAAACCCAACUAACAGUCAUCAAAUACACUUUUAAACAAUUUAUAAAUCCAAAAGUUUUAAGAAAAGUUAAAAUCUACUUUACAAAAUGAACAGACGAUGACCCAGUCAAAGUGGAUGACCCAGAUUCAAAUGGCCUCAUUCUGAUUUGAAGUAUUACAAUUAGACACCCUAUGAAAUAUGUUUUUUUAAAAAUCUAUCAAUCAAAAACAUUCCAUCUGCCGAUUAAUAUAAAAAAGGAAAAUAGUAAAAAUCUGCCUAUAAAAAAAGGGUCCCCUCAUCAGAAUCUUAGGAGCGAAACAGAAAGCGCACAUUGUCCAAAAGUAGUAGUAUCGGUAUUAGGGUAAUAGAAUAAUUUAUUAGUACUAUAUUAUUUUUAUACUAACCUAUAUGAUGUAAGUAAGGGCUUUGAUAUCGCUCUGGAAAACUGGAUAUCGGGUAUCGUAAUUUUGCUGUCAAAAUGCCAACAUCCCCUUUUUAAUUUACAAAUGGUAGCAUUGUUAGGAUUUUUUUUGCCACCAUCUAUUUCCACCAUCAACUUAAUUUAUAUAUGUUUGUUGUUGAUUUGAAACUUUUCUUUUAUAAAAAAUUUGAUGUUUUGACACACCAACGAGGAAUAUUCAUGUGUGGAAUCAAUCUAUGUAAAGAAUUUUCUGUGCAGAAUAUUUUUGGUGCGCACAAUUGUAAAUUUGAAAUAUUUUGAAAUUCAUAGAACCAUAAAAAGUAAACCAUAGUGAAGGGCCCAACUAGCCAGUAGGCCUAUUAUUUAACUUUCAAAGUGGCUAAAAAAUAUUUUUUUAACACAUGUUAAAAAUGGCUUUUUUAUUGACCUCCAAUUAUAAUUGAACAGCAUAUAGAUUUUGAAAAAGCCACUGAUAGUGUUGAAAGGAAACUUUGUGAAAACUAUUGCAUCACUAUUUAUGAGGGGACACUAACUGAGAGUCUUUCGAGAAAGAUUCAGGAUUGCGCUACGGCUUUCUAUUCUCACCAUUUCUCUUUCUUAUAGUAUUUAAGUCCUAGAUCGGAUAACGAGGAGGACAACAGGAAGUUGGGGCAAUGGAAUACAAUGGACCCUUUUAAGUGACUAGAAGACCUGGAUUUUGCAGAUUACAUAGCCUUAGUUAGUCCAAAGCCAAAACAAAUACAAUAUACAGCUGAAAAACUUGAUAUAAUUUCUAACAUGUGUAACCAGGCAAACAAGACCCUGGAGUUCUUGAGGCAUAAUCUAAAGAUUGGCAACACCAGUGUGAAAGAAAGAGCCUAUAAAGCCUUUGUUCCGUUUUAGAUUAUGCAUCUUCAGUCUGGGACCCAUUUACCCAGAAGAGCAUUGACAGGUUGGAGGCUGUCCAGCGACGGGCAGCACGCUUUGUCCUGAGCCGCUACAGGAAUACCUCUAGUGUUGGCAGCAUGCUGGAAACACUGGGCUGGUCACUAUUGGAGGAACGACGACGCCUAUCCAGGCUCUCCAUAUUGUAUAAGAUAAAUAAUGGGCUAGUCCACUGUUCCAGUAUUAAACAGAAACUCGUCCCUCUCCCCAUAGACAGCGACGAGGCCAUGACAGGCAAUUCCGGCUCUUACCAGCAAGAAGCCAGUAUAGGAACUGCUCAUUCCUGCCAAAGACAAUCAGGGACUGGAACAAGCUUUCAAAAGGAACAGUUGAGGCAACAACACUAAACACAUUUGCGUCUUAUUGCCUCAAGCCUUUCAACCCCCCGUGCAUGAUUCCCUCACAAAGUAGCACAUGCAAUCAGUGAAAUACCCUCAUCAUCACCAAGCACAGAAACAUAGCAAAUCCCCUCUGCAUGCAUAGGAGCCAAAAUGAUCAAUAAAUAGAUUGUGGGCCCUUAAUAUAUAGAAGAAUAAGAAGACUGAUUUGAUAUCAAUCAAAACAAAACAAAAGUUAUGAGAAUAAAUGCAAAUAGCACAGGAGCUUUAGCAAUAAGAGAGAAAGCAAUAGGAGAAGUAGAUAAUUUUACCUAUCUAGGAAGUACAGUUAGUAAGGAUGAGGUAGUGGAGGCAGAUUUAACAACUUGAACACAGAAGGCAAGAGGAUCUUUUGCCUUACUUAAAAAUGUUUGGAACUCAAGUCAAAUAAGAAUAAAGACAAAAAUUAAAAUUUUAAACUCAAAUGUUAAGUCUGUUCUGCUAUGUGGCUCAGAAAGCUGGAAAUAAACCAAGAAAGAUAGAAAAGGACUGAAAACCUUUGUGAAUAGUUGCCAGCAUAAAAUACUCAACAUCAAGUUGUUCCACAAAAUCCCAAACACAGUAAUGAGGGAAAUGACCGCUCAAAUCCCAGUGGAGAUGGAUAGGUUAUACCAUGAUAAAACCCAUGCCAAGCAUAACAAGACAAGCACUGGUAUAAAACCCUCAAGGACCAUUGGGAGGAGGAAGACACAAAAGCACACAGAGAAGAGAUGUCAACAAAGAGUUAAAUUUAAUAAAGACUAAAAAGAUUUUGAAAGAGUUAGAGAAGAUAGCUAGAGGUCAAAAGGAUUGGAAAGAAAUUGUUAAUGACCUAUGCUCCAUAGGAGUUAAAAAGGAAAAGAAGAAGAUUGACCUGAAGCCAUGUUUAUGUUAGCUGAAAACUAUAAAAUAUGGUGCAAAUUUGAUAUAUUUUUAAAGUUAUGUAUUAAUUUUUUUUAAAAGUUGAAAUGGAUGUGUCACCGUUUUAUUAAAAGUUAAAACCUUGCUGUUUAAAAAUAAUUAUUCUUAAAUAAAAAGUGUGAAAUGACAAAAUUAACUAAAGAAAAUUCUCACUUGUCACACAUUUUUAAAGCAAAUAUUUUGUUUCAUAUGAUGUCUGUGAUCAAUAGGUGUCAUCUGAAAGAUCAUGGUUUCCAUUUUCUUUGACAGCUUCUUUCUUUACCUUCUUUGAUUUAUUAUAUUUUUUUGUACUAAAAUGUGUUUGUAUAAGUAUAAAUGCAUUAGAGAGAAUUUAAAAAAAUAAUUAAUGUAAAGAUAAUCCAAAAGUUUUCUAAGAUUUACUCUUUCCAUGAUUUUCGAUGAGUCAAGACAUUACUAGUUAAAUAGAACUUUUCAAGCUUUAUUUUUUAAAUUUUUGUGUUCUAAUUUUAGUUUUUAAAUCUUUAGGCCCUAUUUAAUAUUAUUGUCUGCUUAGGUUUUAUAAUGCUACAGUAACUGUAACAUAUCGUGUGUUAUGUUUUUCAUGAUACAUAGAUUUCAUGUAAAUGCAUCCAUUGGUGUUGUUAGUUUUACUGGCCUAGUAGACAUAGUGCCAGACUUUAACUUCAGUUUUAAUUUAUAUCAAAGUCUCCUAAAUAUUAUAGUAGUUACAUAAUUAGCAUUGUUAUGAAGGGUUUGUAAAGUAUCAAUGAAAUUUUGAUGUGAUGUGAUAUGUAAAUGAUUUCAUUGAAUACCAAUGUCAUGAUGUUUAACUGUAUUAUAGUCCUAAUAGACUUAAUAUAUUUCUUCUGUUUUGGUUUAUAUGACAUGUUAUGUUAUUAUUUGUGUUUGUGAUGUUAUCUAGUAACCAACUUUUUUACUUAACUCCGCUCCAGACAUAUUUUUGUUAUAUCCAGCUCAGCUAUGAAUGCAGCAAAGUAAUUGUAAAAAAAUUUAUGUUGAGUAUAUCCCUCCUUGUUCUAUAUGAGUAAACAGCAUAUAGUAAGAUAAGAUAAGAUUCUUUACCAGACCUGUUUACUCUUACGAUUUUGGCGUACAGUGUACGAAUUUGAGGUGUAUAAAUUAUAUAUAAUGUAUUAUUAUUUUUUUACUAUUAAGAUAAUAUAUUGAAUGAUUUUUUGAUGAUAUUGUACGAUUUUAAGAGUUUGAGGGGAAACAGAUCUGCUUUACUGAUCCCAAUAAAUGGAAAUGUUUUUUUUUUAUUACAUUGUACAUUUAAAGCAACUUAAACUCAAGACAUCUUAAGAAUUUCUCUAGCGUAGAAAUCAGCCAUGAUUGAAGACCUUUAGUGACAAUAAUGACUUAAUUAAGAUUUGGUAAUCGCUGGGGGAGCACGUCCCUAAAUUCGUAAUUAAGUAAAUAUGUGUUUUAAAAAACAGGAUUGCUGAAAAAAAUAAUUGAUGUUUCAAAAUCAGAUUCAAUCUUCCAAAUUUUUCAAAUAUCUCACGAUCCGAAAAAAUUCUGAUUCAGUCAUUUGUAUUGCAUCUUUAAUGGUGAUGAAAUUCCUUUCAGAUUUGUCUUCUUCAAAUAAAUGAUGUAUCUGAAAUUUAGGACAUCCUCGUCUCACAUUCAGUUUGUCUGAAAUGCAUUCAUCUUCUUUCAGGUCAAGAUAUCAAAUUUACUGAUAUUUCAUAUUUGUAAAUAACGACACCAGCAUUUUCAAGUGAGAUUUCUGAUUCAUGAAUUUGAUCAUUCUCACAGACUGCUAAUUCCAUCUUUGGCAGAUUUUGUAUCCUAAAGGCAACUUUCCUAAUCAUAUGCUAAUAUUGAAAAGUCCUUAAUUUUCUCAAAUGAUAUUGUUUAAUCAUUAAUGCACUAAAUUCAGAGCUCUAUCUCUGCCCCAUGACACUGCUACACUGCAGUUUUUAGAAUGUGUCUAAUAAGAUAUCCCUGCUCCAAGUUCCAGCUGAAAAAAGCCCACCUCUUGAUGGUUGGGAUUUUUUUAAUCUAUGAAUAUUUUUAUUUCCCAGAUGCAUUUUGUAGCAGUAACACUGCUUUUAACAAGCAUUUCUGUUAAAGCAUUUUAUUUACCUGGUGUGGCACCUAUUGAGUUCCAACCAGGCACUCUAGUUGAAGUAAAGGUAAGAAACAAAGAAAAGAACUUGACAUUUCUGUCACACAGAUUAAAUCAUGGAUUAAAUUAUUUUUGCCUCCAUUUUUGUUAGGAUAAUAGUUCCCCUUUCCUUGUCCAGCUUUAGUUUAUAAAGGGACUGAAUUUUUUGUGAGAUGGGGUUUGAUCAAAGCAUAUUCUCCAACAUAAAGCUAAUAAGCUAAUUAAGGAAUACUACGAAGGUACUAGAAUCAAAAUUUUAAAUAUAUAUAAUUUAAUAUAAGGUAUGAUUUUUAGAUAUAUGAAUGUGUAGAGCAGGGGUGUCAAACUCAAUUGCUUGGCGGGCCAAAACUCAAAUCACAGGUAAGGUUGGGGGUUGAACAGGAUAAACAUUCAGUAAUAAUAUAAAUGAAAACAGAAAAAAGUUUUUAUACCGUAGUUAAAAAUCAUUGGCAUACCCAUUUUCGCUCUUAUGCCGAUUGUGAGAGCUGAAAAUUUGGCACAUUUUCUUGGCUUCAAAAAAAAAGUAAUUUCAUUUAUGUUGGGAGUAACGUUCUAGGUGUCAUUGAGAUUCUCAUGAUGGACUGCAAGUGUGAUGUUUUGUUAAUCUUCAUUACAGAAAACAGCUUCUCACACAUAUAUGUGCUCUCAAGGUUCAAGGCACAUGUAGACAAAGCUGGGGCAUCUCUUCAGGAAUAAAACGAGUGAACUGUGCUGGCUCAACUGUGUCAUAUUUUGCAUUUAGUGUCUCAUUACACUGCAGCUCUAUUAGCUCCAUCUGCAAAUUUACAGGUGCAGUUUCAACGUCUUUGACAAAUGGGUUACGAAACAGCUCGAAAUUACUAUUCGGUCCUUCAAAGUCAUUAAAGCGAAUUCAGCGCGAAUGAAGCUAAGUUUUUCAGCAAAGUAUGCAUUCGGAAACACCAUAGCGUUGACUUGGAUAUAAUUGUACGGCAGGCCGGGUGGGGCCUGCAAGCCUUGAGUUUGACACAUGUGGUAUAGAGGAUAGACACCAGCUUCUCAAUCAUAUUGUUUAAUAUAAUCAUUUUAUUGUUUUUUUUAAAUUUUAUAUCAGGCUGUAAAGUUGACAAGCAUAAAAACUCAGCUGCCUUAUGAGUACUAUGCAUUACCAUUCUGCCAACCUCUUUCUGGUGUUGUUUAUAAAGCUGAAAAUUUAGGUUAGUAUACAUUCAUGUAAAAGUAUGAGAAUUUCCAUUUCUAUGUACUUAACCCUUUUUUAAGCCUAUAAUUUUAUUAGCUUUAGCAUACACUUGCAUCACUUAUUAGUUAAAAUACUGCUUCCAAAAUAUCUAUUAGGCUGGUGAACCAUCAACAUCUAGUUGAAAAAGAACUAUAUGAUUAUAAUAAAUAAAAUAAAACACGAAUCCUUAAUUUUUUUUUAUUAUGGGUGAAAAUAAUUUAGUUUACAUACUUAAUUUUAGCAGGUUAAAGAAAGAAAAAGCUGUAUAUUUGUCAUGGUAAAAAAACAUAAUUUUUCUUGGUUUUGCAUUUGUAAAUAUUCUGAAACAUACCACUCUCAAAUAUUCUUGUCACAUUUAAACUACCUUCCGUUAUAAUUUAAGUAAACAAGUUACAGUGCUCUAUGUCCAUGUGUUUUGAAAAAAAAAUUAAAUACAUUUUAUAGAUUGAUUAUUAUGAAUAAACAAACAAUUUUGGUUCAUUUCUUUUUGCAAAAGUGACCCUAUAACCUUUACGGCGGCGACCUUGAUUAAUAUUAUUCUAAACAAUUUAUUCAGUUCUUAAGAUUUAUUAGCUAUUCAUAGACUAGAUUAUGUUUAAAAACUAAUUUUAUAAUUUUUUAAAAAAUAUAGACCUUAAAAAUAAUAACCGACAUUUUGUUCAAAUUAAUAUUUAAAAAAACAUCAGUUAAAUACUAAAAGGUGCACAAUCUGAUGACCUGAUUUUUUUAAAACUUUUUUUUUAACAAUUAGGUGAGGUCUUGAGAGGAGACCGUAUUGUCAACACACCUUAUGAGGUAAACAUUAUACAUUGUAUUAUUUGUAUGCUUCUGUUGUAUUCUAACUAUAUUUUGCUCAAGAUCUCUCAUCUACAUUAUGAUUGUUUCUUCAAAAUUUCUGAUAAUAUUUUUACAUUAUGUUUGUUUCUUCGAAAUUUCUGAUAAUACUUCUACAUUAUGAUUGUUUCUUCAAAAUGUCUGAUAAUAUUUCGACAUUUUGGUUUCUUCCAACAUUUUAGGUUAAAAUGGCAACCAAUGUCAAGUGUAAAGCCCUGUGUCAAGACCAAAGUAAAAAGUUUAUUCCUGUGGUUUUAAACAAAGAUCAGAGUAAAGACAUGGCUGAUAAAAUAUUGCAUGAUUAUUAUGUACAUUUGUAAGUAAUAAUUAAUUGGUAAAUGAAUGAAUUAGAACUAGCACAUAUUAUGCAUAAUCUUAAUCUGCUGUGUGGAAUUUUCUAAAAUUAAAUGGUAUAUUUUUUACUAUAAUUACUGAUCUAGAGCAAAUAAUACUUUAAGCUUUUUAAAAUAUCAAGUUAUUUGGGUUAAUAGAAAUUUAAAAAAAUAAAUGGCCCGGUAUAUUCCUUUGAUGCCCUACAUAUUUCUUUAUAUAAUGCCUAUUAAAUUCAUUUGCAGCUACUGCUAGCUCCACUGUUGUAAUUGUUAUGUACCGUUAUAUGAUUAUGAAAAUUAAUGAUAGAGUGCCCUAACACUUGAUUCUUUGAGGACUGUUCAUACAUGUCUGGGUCAAUGUGAAAUGCUUUCAGCAUGUCUUUAAAGCAUUUCUUUGUCUCCCAGCAAACGGUUCCCUUCUCGAGCUCACCAUAAAAUGAUCUUUUGGGCAAACGGUCUUCUGAGAUUCUCGCAACAUGCCAUUAAUAAAGUUUGUAUGCUGGGGAGACCUUUUUGUGCAAGUACCUUAGUUUCUGGGAUCUUUUCCUGCCAUUUUAUGUUGAGUUUUUUUAUUUUGGAGUCUCAUGGUGUGAAAGUGGUUUAGUUUCCAUGCAUGGAGUUGAUAGACUGUCCAUGUUUCACAUGCAUAUGGUAGAGCUGUUUGGUACAGAACCUCAGUGGGUAAGACCAAAGUUUGUGCAGGCAUCCAGAAAGUUUUCAACACUGUGUUGCAUAUUAGCUUAUGAUUCAGCAUUAAGGCCACAGUCAUCACCAUAUAGAAAGCCCCUGAUGAUGUCUGUCCGGACUUUACCAUCAGUUCUGUAUCAGAUGCCGAUUCCAGUGUCUCCAUCACUGAAAGCAUCCGACAGCAUGGUGGAAAACAUGAUGUUGAAAAGUGUUGGUGCCAGGACACAACCUUGUUUAAUACCAUUAGACACAUGGAAUGGUUGAGACAUCUCUCUAUUUUCUAGGACCUUAGCCUGCAAACUAUUGUGGAAUUGCUGCACCAUUGAAAUGAACUUUUUGGGGCAUCCAUAUUCGCCCAUGAUCUUCCAGAGACCUUCUCUGCUGACAGUGUUGAAAACCUUGGUUAGGUGUAAAUAAGUGGAGAAUAGGUCAACAUUUUGUUCCUGAACUUUUCCAGCAGCUGUCUGGCAGCGAACACCAUGUAGAUAGUUUCACGCUCUUUGCGAAAACCACACUUUGCACUUAGGUUGCAAGAAAACACUGGGGAAAAAAUAUGAUCAUUUGAAAUAUUUUUCUUAGUUUUCUAAAUACAAAAAUUACAUCUAAUUCAUUUGAAUUAUCCCCUCUAAAAAUGGCGUAAAACCACAGAAGCAUCCUUUAGAGCCAAUGAUCAGCUCUUAUGACAGUUAGUGGGUUGAGAUGUGCAGCUAUGCUAUUUAUUUUCUGAUUUGAAUUAAUAUUUGCCUUUAUCUCUUAGGAUUGUUGAUAAUUUGCCCUGUGCAACACCUCUACAGAUGCCAGAUGGUCAAACUAUUUAUGAACAUGGUUAUAAACUGGGUGUUCUGUCAGGCAAAGAAGUGAGUUUAGUUUUUCUUUCAUCCUGUUUAUUUCAAGUUUCCAUAAAAAUGUCAGUGUUUAAUAAUUUAGUUAUAAAAGGUGAUUCUAGUUUCUUGAUUUGCUUAGAAAACUGUUUUAAUUUCUUGAAGGGAUUUUUUGUUUUUUUUACAUUAACUUCCAUGUUUGAUGUUAAGAUUUGGCUAUACAAAGGAAAUUCAUGGUUAAUAAUAGCUCAAUGAUCAUUUAAAUGAAAAAUAUAAAUAGUGAUUUAAUUACUUUAAACAUAUAACAAAAAAUGUUUUAUUGUUUUUCCAGGCUUAUGUACAUAAUCACCUGAAUCUCAUUCUCAGUUAUCACAAACGUGAAGAGUAAGUUUUCUUUCUGAAAUCAAUGAAUUAGAAUGGGACAAAUAACAAUUUAGGAAAGGGAACAAUGUAUGGAUUUUUUCUAUAUAAUUAUUGUUUGAGCUCUCUUGCUUUCUUGUUAUUUAAAAAAAAAAAACAACUAAAUUUUGAUGCUAUUUGAAAUUUUGUAUCUUUUACACAGGAAUGCUCUUCGAGUUGUAGGAUUUAAAGUUAAACCCCAAAGGUAAGGCCAUCUCUAGGGUACAUUUAUAUAUUUUUUAAGAGUACUAUAUAAUUUAAAUAAUCAAUAUUUUCUUUUAAUUUCUAUGAAACUGGUCGCUGGUAUUAAUUAAUAAAAGCAAUCAGAAUUAGUUAAGAAAUAAAAUGUGUAAAAGGAUAUAAUUUUUUUGUUGGUUAGUAAAAAUUUUAGAAUAAAACCUUUGUAACAAGAGUUAAAGCUUAUGUUUCAAGUGUUGCGAUGUUGUUUCAAAAAAAAUAAAAAUUGUCCUUUUCGCCUAGAAAGUUUCAUUAAUAAUAAUGCUUUAGUCUGCUGCAUGAUCUUGAAAGUUAAGAAAAAUUGAAGUAGUAUAUAAACUUUUUAAGCUUUGCCAAAGGAGAAAUCAAAGUCGAUGAGAAUAGUGGAGAGUGUGAAAUUUCAGCAUCCAAAAAUCCUCAAAAGAUUAAUGAUGAUGGUAUGGAAAUUAAAAAUAUUUUUUCUACUUAUGGUUUAAAUUUAAAAAAAGUUGUAUUCUGAAUUGUUAUACCAAUAGUUAAGCAAGAAAGUUUUUGUUUUUAAAUGUGAAGUCUCAGUAAGUUGUGCUUUGAAUUAAUGUUCUGACCGAUAGAACAUUUUAAUGAUAUCAUUGAGACAACUAUUCCUAAUUUAUAUCAGCUUCAACGGAUGUAUGGUUCACUUACUCUGUUGAAUGGGAAGAGAGUGAUGUUGGAUGGGCCUCCAGAUGGGAUAUCUACCUGGCUAUGAGUGAUGUGCAAAUUCACUGGUUCUCUAUCAUCAACUCUGUUGUUGUAGUCUUUUUUCUCUCAGGUUAGAAAAUGAAGCAUUAAUCUACAUUUUUAAGUAUAAAUUUGAGAAGUCUUUAUUGUAAUCUCAGAUAAAUAUACUUUAGUAUUUUCUGACUUUGUUUCAUUCAACAUUUGACAAGCAAUUUUUAUGGCACAGUACAGUCAAAAUAUGUUAUUUGAGAUUACAAAAAAUAUAUAUUUAAAUAAAAUACAGGAAGCAAUAUCUUUUUUUAAAGAAGGAUGAAAUGCUUACCGGUACUUGAAUAUUAAAGUACCGGUAAAAUUUAAAAUUGAUUAAUCUAAAGAAAGAGAUCUUUAAAAUUGUGUAUUUUUAUUGACCAAUGAAGUGCUCCACCUAUUGUUGAAGUUUAAGCUAUAAUUUUAUUUGGUCUGCAUAUUAUCUUGUGUAUAUAUUAUAUGUGCUUAUCAGUAGAAAUUUUUACUGUGGAGAAUUUUAACUUCAUCUGCAAACUUCAGUGUAAAUUAUUUUUUUUAAAGGUAUUCUUACCAUGAUUAUGGUGAGAACACUACGUAGAGAUAUUGCUCAAUACAAUAAAGAUGAUGACCUGGUAAGUGUAUUGUAAAACUUUUCAAUAGACAGAAAAUAAUAAUGGGGAAAAUAUAUGGAUAAAAAGUAAUUUAUAAAAUCACACUUCAGCAUAAUUAUACUUUGUAAUUUUUAAUAUAAAUGAAGUAGAGCACUAACCAACAACUCGGCAGACCAUUUGUUUCCAUUAAUGAAAUAAACAGCAUAUUCAUACAUCCAUUUCUUUAUUGAGGUACUGGCAUAGUAUAAUCCUUUGCAUUGCAAUACUUUUUCAAAUGAUGUACCAUACAGUGGAACCUCUGUUAGAGAUCUUAAUCCGUUCUUAAUCAAAACUUUUGCAAAACAGUUUUCCCCACUGAAAUCAAUGUAAAUUCAUUAGAUCUGUUCCAGUCUUAGAAAUUGGGUAAUUUUACAAUUUCAAGUGUUUAUCCGUAUUGAAAAAUAAUGAAUGAAUUUUCCGGAAAUGCCACAUGGCAUUAUCAGUCAAAAUAAUCUCUUUCUUUACUUCCACACUAACACAAUUCCUAUUAAAACUAGUGUUUUUUAAACACUGAUCUGGUGUGAUUGUGUGUACUGUGUACUGGCUUAUGUUUGUAACCCAAAGUAUCGUUUGUUAACCAUGACAAAAAUUGUUCAUGAAAUGGAUCUUUAGUCAUCAGAGGUUUCACUGUAUAUCCUUAUGAAAUGCUUUAAAACUAUUUAAAGAAAAUUUGAUGAACUCGAAGCUUAAAGAAAUCAUAUUGUAAACAAAAUAAAUAAGCUUAUGUUAUAAUUUAUUAGGAUGAGACUGUUGAAGAGACAGGAUGGAAACUAGUCCAUGGAGAUGUGUUCAGGCCACCUCGGUUUUCGAAACUUCUUACUUCUCUGAUUGGAGCUGGCAUUCAGAUUUUUUUCAUGGCACUUAUUACUAUUUGUAAGUUUUAUAUUUUUCCGUAACCCUAUAACUGUCAUAAUGGACAAUCAUCCGGGGUUAUGCCCCUUUCUGCGGUGUGAUGAUGGACAAUUAUAUCCCCUACUAGCAAAAUCGCCAUUAAAAAUGUGCUUUAUUUAAUGUACUUUGAUUAAGGAAUUGGUUUAUAGAAUUGAGUUUGCUUCCUAAUUGUAUUUCUAUGUCUGUGUAAACUUGCUUUUAUCAGGGCUUGUUUUGUGAUUAAUCAGGAUUGAAGUUUGCUCAAUCUUUUUGACUGCCAUUAUGUCUGAUGCUGGAGAGGAUUCCCUUCUAGAUUGAAAAUCAACAUAGACUUUCUUUAUUAGAAUUAUAUCAAAUGGAUUAAAAGGAAAACAAUGAUUCGGAGAUAUUCCAUGAGAUAGUAAUGACAGUAUUAGUUCCAGCCUUGAUGGCGACAUGAGAGUCAUCUAUUGAAAAUGUUAGCCCUAAGCUUAGUCGUAUUGUUACAGACAAAUUUGCUUGGGAAAUGUAACACACCUACUCUGACAUGGCGUGAGCUUAUUUCUUAUGCUGUGGGUUAUGUCAGUAGUAUGGUUACUUAUGUUAUGUUGAUGUUUCAGGAUGCCGACUAAGGCUUCUUCAAUCUUCCACUUAUAAUCCGGGCACGCAAAUAAGAAUACUGAAUCCUGGUUAAACUUACAGUACUUUAUUGAACACACUUUAUAUUGAUAAUAUUAAUAAAUAAUCCUUGCAUGAAUGUAAUUUCACAUAUAUAAAUAAUCCGGGCACGCAAAUAAGAAUACUGAAUCCUGGUUAAACUUACAGUACUUUAUUGAACACACUUUAUAUUGAUAAUAUUAAUAAAUAAUCCUUGCAUGAAUGUAAUUUCACAUAUAUAUAUAUAUCCAUAGUACUCCAUCAUUAAUAAAGACACGUCCUCACACUAAACUGUCAACUGUCUAAUCACACAGCUCUCACGCUACUGACUCUACUGCUCUGCGCUCAGCUCUCACUAUCUCAGUCAACUCCUACUUUAUUACCAGCAAAGCGUGGAAAACAACCGCUCUGACAAAAACAUAAUUUUACUCUCCAAAAACGUGGAGUUCACAUUUGCAUCUCAAAAAUACAUGGUCAACACAAUUCACUGUUCACUCAUGCUACCUCUCUGUUUUCAUGUGAAAUGUUUUCAUGUGAAAACAUAGUCCGUUACAGGAAAGAAUGGAAAUUGAACAUAAAAGACAAAGAUUGCAUCCCAAAGACCUACCCUAAAAAUAUUUAAAGACGUUUAUGUCUGUGUUAGUUUUGGAGUAUUAAUUAAUUUAAAAAUGGAUUGAUUAACUUCAAUUGGAAAGGAAUUUUUAAAACCUAUUUUGUGUUUUCCCUCAUAUAUUUUGUGUGACAGAAAUUUGAAGGUAGUGAAUGAAAAGUAUGUACCUAUAACUUUACAUUUUCUGAAAGAAUAUUUCUUUUAGUAUAUAAAAAAAAAUCUGAUGUAAUAAUAGAUAGAUCAAAAUAGUGAGAUUGGGGUAGGUUGAAUUCAGAAGUUGAGUAAUACAAUUUUACUCAGUGUUAAGGUCAAUAUCAACAUAAAUAAUAUAAAAACUAAUUCUUUUUCAUACCAUUUGAUUGCUUCUUAUCCAAUGUACUUUCAGAAAAUAUAUAUAUAUAUGUAAGUGUCUCUAACGUCAUUUUCUAUGGGAUUUUGUUAUUUUUAUACAAGUUACAAGCAUAUCGAAAUACUGAAAAUGGCUUGACACCACAGUACAAAUGCACUUGACAGUUAUAGGGUUAAUUAUAAAAUUAAGUAAGCUAAUACCAGUAAAAAAUGUCUUUUUAGAUUUAAUUAAAAUAGAUUUUUAAAAAUCAUUUAAAUUAAUUACUUCUAAAAGAUAAAAUGUUACUUCCAUUUCCAUGCAUAAAUUAUAUUGGCUUUCUUAAAUUCUGUUUUAAAUUAUCUGUUGAAACUGUAACUGGAAUAUAUUUGGCUUGUUUAGUCUUCGCUAUGUUGGGCAUGUUGUCACCAUCAGCUCGAGGUUCUCUGAUGACUGUAGGGAUAUUCCUGUACAUGUUUAUGGGGUAAGUGAACAAUAAAUCAUAUACCAAUCUUGAAUAUUGUUAUUUCUAUGGUCUGCAUAUUCUCAGCAGCUGUGCAUGUGAAAGUCUAUUCUUAUUUUAAAGUAAAUUAAAGUGUAGAAAAUUUCUGUUACUAACAUGGCAUUUUAAAGAAAAAUGAAAAAAUAUGUGUUCUUUUUAUUUUAGUCUUUUUGCUGGGUAUUUUUCUGCUCGACUCUAUAAAACUAUGAAGGGCUUACAAUGGAAAAAAGCAGCAUUCCAGGUUGGUAUAUUUUCAUGAUAGGGUUGAGAGGUUUGUGCAAUACAUGAACUGAACGUUUUAUUUACUUAAUUAUGAAAUUUUUUUUAAUCAUCUGCUGCAAUAUUUUAAUUAUACACCAUUCAAUAUCUAAAAUCUCAUCUAAUACAUCAUUUAGUAAAUGAUUUUUUUCUACAGACUGCAACAGUUUACCCUGCUAUUAUGUUUGGUAUUGGUUUGUUACUUAACUUCUUUAUCUGGGGAAAACAUUCCUCUGGAGCUGUAAGUUUUUAAGAAUUUUUUUUUUAUCAGUUGAAUAAUAACCAGCAGUUUUACAUUUUAAAAAUUAUAAGAAACUAUUACAGUAAAUUAAUUUUGUGCGCAUUUGGUUCCUUAUAAAUACCAUGUGAGUAAAAUCUUUUGUCUUACAUUUUUUUUUAAAACAUUGAUUUUUUAGUUUUGAAGCAACAAAUAAAGCUAAUUUUCUAUAAAUGAAUAUGUAUUUUAUUUGUGUGUAAGGAAGGAUGCCCAAGUUGCACACUCAGUGCAUUAUAUAAAAAUACACCCCAUAAAGUAGUGGAAUGGUGGAAUGUGUAUAGUUUUCUCAAUUCUCUUAAUACAUUUCAAGGUUCCUUUUACCACCAUGCUUGCCUUGUUGUGCAUGUGGUUUGGCAUCUCCUUACCGCUUGUCUUCAUGGGCUUCUACUUUGGGUUUAGAAAACAGGUAAGUCCUCAGUCAUGCAUAGUUAAUUCUUUUAUUAAAGAAUGAUUUUAUUUUUAAACAUUAUUUGUAUAUUUUCUUUUGAGAAGGCUGCAGAGAAAAUAGGAAGAAAAGAUAUUUGCUAAAAUGUUUAUAAUAAAUACUAAAUUUUUAUUAGCGUAACUUAACUACUAAUUUCCUUAUAAUUUUUCCUAGGCAUAUGAGCAUCCGGUAAGAACCAACCAGAUUCCGAGACAAGUUCCAGAACAAACUUGGUACAUGAAUCCCUUCCUUGGGUGAGUUAAAAUCUUUAUUUUAAUAUUCAUUCAAAAUAACUCCCAAUUGUUAAUAAUGAUUUUUUAACAAAAAUAUUGUAAUUAUUUAAUCGUAUCGGUAAUUCUUGAAAAAUAUCUGCUUAAAAAUCAUGUUGAUUUCAAUGCUAAGGUCAAACCAAACUAAGUUUAUCAACUUUUGUUGUAAAUUAACAUAAAUGACACCAUUGGUGUCUUGUAGGGAUGUCACCAUCAGAGGGGAUGUGACCAAAAUGUCUGCAUUUUGUGCAGAAUUUCAUCUAAUUUUCCCUGUAUAAUAUAUUAAAUAAUAAUAAAGCAUUUUUUGAGAUCACCUCUAAUGAUUACAUUAAUCCUUGUAUGGCAUGCUCUUGAAUCAUCAUUAGUAGGCUAGAUUUAUGUUACAAAUCAGUGUUGGUGUCUUUUUUUUUGUUUUGUAAGUGUUGAACAGUAGUUCUUUUCUGUCAUUUUGUGUGCAAAUAGCAUGUACAUUGCUUUGCAGAGUGGAAAAACAUAUUGCUUUUCAAGCAGUAUCUAGCCACCAGGAAAAUUAUCAUAUUUCAAAAAGUCAAUGCAAUUUAAUUAAGUUCAAUGCUAUUAACAGUACUCAAUCAACAUUUUGUUUUCCAUAUUCUGGUUUCUAGGACGCUAAUGGCAGGAAUUUUACCAUUUGGCGCUAUGUUCAUUGAGCUUUUCUUUAUCUUCACUGUGAGUAUUGUUUUUCAAUUGUAGAACUUUAAUGAAGCAUCUUGUGUAUUUAUAUUAUUAAUUAACAUAUAUAGUCUUAUUUCUAUAGCUGAUCCAACUGUUUAUAUAAAUAACAUAGGCAUCCGAUGGAGGUGAGGAGUCUUGACUAUUACAUUUAUAUGAAAAAUUAUGUUUAUUUUGGAGCUCUUCAUUAACAAGAGAAUAAUUUCUGUGUUUUUUUUGGUUUAAAAUUUCAGGCCAUAUGGGAAAAUCAGUACUACUAUUUGUUUGGCUUCCUGUUUCUGGUUUUCAUCAUUUUGGUGGUGUCAGUGUCUCAGAUAGCUGUUGUCAUGGUCUACUUCCAGUUGUGUGGUGAAGUAAGUUCAUAAUAGUGAAGAAGCAGCUUAAGCAUAAAUCUCUUAAAUCACGAGGAUAUGUCAUUUCAUUCCUUGGAGAAAUCUUAGUUUCUAUUGAGCUAUAUAUUUAACUAAACUUGAUUGCACAUAUAAAUGAUGUUUUUGUUUAUUUAAAAAAAAUUAAACAUGUAUACAUUUAUAAAUUGAUUACGAUUCUGAACUAGAUUGUAACAUAGUAACUCCUUUUUUCUUGUAUGGCAGGAUUACCACUGGUGGUGGCGAACUUUUGUAGUGUCAGGUGGAUCAGCUGUUUAUGUAUUUGCCUAUUCUGUUUUCUAUUUCAUUACCAAGGUGAGUUUGUAGAGGAUCAUCUUAAAAUUCUUGACAGAAUUUAGUGUUAUUAUAGAUUGUAUUUUUAGGAUACUUUCGGGGGAAUUCCAACUUUUUCAACUUGAAUUUCUCAUGUAAAAUUAUGGCCAUUUUUUUUCAACUGUCACAUUUCUUUAGAGGAUGUAAUACUUUUGGGCCCAUCUUUUAACAUUGAAAAAUCAAGCUUCUGUUUUAAUGCCUAUUUUAAUUGAAGACUGUUUCUAUAAGAAAACAGUCAGUGGAUUUUUGUUUUUCAGAAUAUCAAUGAAUUUACAUCAAUAUGCACUUUUCAAAACAAUGUCUUUGCCAACUUUGAAUUAUUCAAAUGUUUAGAGACUCAUUUUUAACAAUUUGCGACAUUUAUGACUAUUUAAGUUAUAAGUCUAGAUCUAAUUUUAAAAGUGGGCAAUAGCACUGUUGCCCUGUGGAAUCUGAGUUGUAUAGUAUAACUCCCUGAGUUUUAUGUAACUUGAGUUGUAUAGUAUAACUUCCUGAAUUGCAUUCAAAACUUUGUGAAAGAUAAAAACAAGCUAUAUAAAUUACCAGAGUUGUUUGUAAACUUGGGAUAAACCUUAUUCCUCAAUUGAGACGUGGGCAUUAGCCAAAAAGCACAUGAUGUGUUCAUACUUUGUGUGUAAAAUCACAUCUCUUUGUUAUAUGGUAUCCAUUGAAUAUAUGGUAUUCAUCGAAUAAUAUAUGGUCUAUGACAUUUCAGAUCAGGCUCAGUUGAGAGUGAAGUGUAUUUAUUUUUACCUUGAUUUUUCUUUUCUUUUUUUUCAGUUGGAAAUCACAGAGUUUAUUCCAACACUGCUGUACUUUGGCUACACAAUUUUGAUAGUGUUCACUUUCUGGGUCUUCACUGGCACUAUUGGAUUCUUUGCGGCAUACUGGUUCAUUAGACGAAUCUAUGGAGCCAUCAAGAUUGAUUAAUGCUCAUGAGGAAUUAAAUUGAAGAAUAGCUGGUUGAGAUAAAUGGAAAAAAUGCCAUUGUAAGAAAGUUUGUACAGUCCUAAUGUCCAGAAUUUAAAUGAGAAUUAAAGGCUAAGAACAAUUGAUACACAAUAGACUGGAGGUUCUGCUUGAUGCUUGUAUAGUGUUACAUUAUGUCUGAUAAAAGGUACCUAUUUUUAAAAUGUGUAAGCUGGUUUAUGCAGCUUUUAGCUCUGAUUUGAAAUGCACAUAACACAGAAUAAGUUUGAAUUACAUCAUUCAAUGACAUUUGAAAGCUGUGUUGCAAACAUAGAUGAAUGUUAAUUUUUUUCUUGCGUUGAUAGAAACACCUGGCUUCUCUAUAACUUCAGUGUGUACAUUAGAGCCUUUGAGAAUAAAAGUGACUUUGAAUGGAGAGCUCAGAUUCUGUUGGGUUAUUUAGAAAAUAUGUUUUUAAUUAACAUUGUUUUUUACUAAUUUUUUAAACCUUUUUUUUUCUGUAUAAUUUAGCACUUUCUUUAAGCCUGUUUUUAAAUAAAAUGAAUGUUAGGCAAUAUAUUUCAAUUUUACUAUUGAAUCCUUAGAGGUUAUUAAAUUAGUUUUAUAACAGCUGGUGAGCAUUUGUCUCAUAAAUUCUUAAUUGUAUUUCAUUUUUGAACUGAAUAACGCAAUUGCUUGCAAUACUUCAUUUGUCUAAAAUAUAUAAUUAAAAUCAUAAAUAAUGCUACACAAAUCUUGGCUUCCCAGAGGAGAAACUUAAAAAAGAAAAUUCAAACUAUUUUAUAAAAAGAAAUUUUGAGUGUCCCAUUUUCUUUUUUCUCACUAUCUGAUAUUUGUAUUAAUCGCAACCAUGAGUGUAUUAUUAUUUAAAAAGUACAUUAACAAUACUACAGAUUUGGGUCAUUGAAUCUGUGAUCGUUGAAAUAUUUGGUGGUGAAUUGCGUUGGGAAAUGUGUUUUUUCAUUUCUUUAUGUGAGAUGUGUGAAUAAGUUUGAACUAGAAUUAUGUAUAAAACGAAUCACAUGGUUUUUUAAGAUUUGAGCUCUAAGAUUUAUUAUUUCUCCUUGGAGUUUUGGACCAAAGGAGGUUUAUUUUUUUAAAAAUGUGGGUUCUUAUUUUUUUGUGUUACUGUUGAGCAGGCCUGCACACCAUGAACAUGCGACCCGUGGCCCGCCAGCACCCACUUUGCAGUCUGCAAAAUAACAAAAUAUUUGAAUUAUUUUCUUUAUAACUUUCCCCCUGUCCUAUUUUUUUUGGCCUGCUCAAGUUUUUCAUAAAGUAUUACUGUAUUACGGCCCGGCUUACAUUUUGAGUUGUGCAGGCCUGCUGCUGAGAAAUCUGAAUGAUGCUAAGGGAUGAAACUUGUGAUAUGAGUGGCUUUGUUAUGAUUUACAUUACAUCAGUACAUUACUAUGUCAUUUGAUCUUUUAUUUACUAUCAUUGAGUUACACUUAAUCUGCCACUUCAGAUCAUCAUCAAUGUUUGCUUCUCAGUUCUGUUACACAAGGAUGAAACUUGUAAUAGAAACAUGAUUCAUCACUUAAAUGCACUGUUAAAACAAUAAUAUUUCUAUUACAUUUUAAAAAUAAUUUAUUUACCGGUAAUUAAAAAAUAAGGGUUGUAAGAUAUAUGACGCCCAACAAACCCUUGACUAACAAAUUCUAUUUUAAGAAAUGAAUUAUGAUUAAUGCUCAGAAUCGACAUUCGUGGCAACUAGAAUAUACCAUACCAAGGCUAAUCUUUUUGUGUUUCAAUCUGUUUUGCAACAUAUCAUUCUUCUAUCAAAGUUUUGUAAAUAUUAAUUUUACAUUACUGAUUACAUCAGUUACCCUACUAACUGUUCUGUCAUUAGUAAGUUGUAACUUGAGAUGUACCAUUAACAUUAGUUUUAAAGCUAACUUAAACUUCAGACACUUUGUUGAUAUAAGAGUUUGAAUUGAUGGAAGUUUAACUUGUCUUUUCAUCUCCCAUGCUAAAAGAAUGACGCCUACUCAUUUUCAGUUCAAAUAAAUAAACAUCUGUCUUUCUGUACCUAAAAGGAUUUGAUGCUUUUGUUUGUUUUAAAUGUAGGAGGUAAGUUCCAUAUAAUUUCAUAUUUAUCUUCAAGUAAAGAAGCACAUAGAAAUAUACUUGACCCUAAAAGUGUAGAAGAAAAACAUUGAAUUAUUUGACAGAAAAAGAAAGAAAUAUUGUUUUCAAUAUAAUUUGAUGACCUGUCCAGUAUGUUGUUUUGUAUGUUAGAAGAGCAUGGUUAUUUGUGAUAUUUUUGUUUAAAUGGGGUCACAUUCCAGUGAUUAAGUAAGCAACAUCAAUCCUUGAAAAACUGUUGGUAUUAGUGUGUAUAGUAUAAUCAUGCCUUGUGGUGAUAUGAUCCCUGAUCAUUAUAUUUUUUUUUGGUUGUACCAUACUAUUGUAACCUAUUUAUAGAUAUUUUUCUUCAGUUUUUUUAAAGGUUCCCAUCCCUUUCAUUGAGGAUGUAUUCAGCCCACUACUUUAAAUCUUGUUACAAUUUACAGGUGUAGUAAAUGGCACCAUUUAUAUUUUAACAUCCAAAAAAAAAAAAAAAAAAGAGAAAGAACAAGUAGUUUUAGUAUCACAUGUUUGGUAAUAAAAUAUUUAUAGAUAUUUUUCUUCAGUUUUUUUAAAGGUUCCCAUCCCUUUCAUUGAGGAUGUUUUCAGAUUAAUACUUUAAAUCUUGUUACAAUUUACAGAUGUAGUAAAUGGCACCAUUUAUAUUUUAACAUCAAAAAAAAAAAAAAAAAAAGAGAAAGAACAAGUAGUUUUAGUAUCACAUGUUUGGUAAUAAAUUAUUUCUUUUUUAAAAAUAAUACAGGCCAACUAUAACUAAAAACACUAGAGAAUGAUCUUAUAAAGUUAAUAACCUCAUGUAAUGAGUUCAAAUAUAUGUUCAAUCAUAAAAGUAUGUAAAGUGUUUAUUAUUACGUUACAUUCAUGUUAACAUCUAUUUUGUAACAGAUUUAAGAAUGAAGACUGAACAUUUUACCUUUCACAUUGGGCCAAGGUAAAAUUAUUGGGUCAGUCUUGGUUCAUUUGAUCUGUUUGGAUCCAUUAUUUUUCCACAUUUUCCUAUUACCCUGCAGGUAUCUGUAGUAUGUUUAUCAUUUAAUUCAUGAACAUUUUUAUUAAGUGAGGUGUACUUUGUAUGUUAAAAAAGUAAAAAAAUCUAACGUUGGGAAAUAUCACUUUAUCCUCCACCAAUUUUGUUAUUGGCACUUGGAUUAACAAACGAAGAGCAUUAUAAUUCUAUGAAAUUAGUUAUCAAUUUUAUUUUGUGGCUAACCAAUCUGUUUUUUUUUAGCUUAGUACAAGGGAAUAUUUGGGUUUUUUUGGGGGGAAUAUUUUUCAUCCUUUUAAUUAAUUUGUUACAUAUGCACCAUCACUUUAGUGUAUGUAAAUAAUGUCUUAUCACUAUCUUUUUAAAUUCAUAUUUGUUUUGAUUCUGCUUUAGCAUAUAUAUAUUUAUAUAUAUAAAACUUAUAUAGAACUUUGUUCUUUUGUGUAAACAAUUUAAAUUAAUUACAAAGUAAUGGGAUUGACAAAAAUAAUUUGGUUAAAAAACAUAAUGUGGUUAUUAAAAUGCUUGUUAAUUGUUCACUUUUGUUUAUUUCAUUGCUCUUUAAAUUUGUGUCUACAUUUCAUACAUUGACUCAGUUGGCUUCGGACUUAAGUUUUUUUAAAUUUGACAAUAGAUAGGGUAUAAACAUUUUAUUUAUUAGAUUCUGUGGGAAUUGUAAUUAACAGACAUUGGGUUUCAACAUAAUUUAAACAUGUAAAUAUAAAAUAUUGAUGGAUUUAUGGUCAAUUAUUGAUGAUUUUUUUUUGUCCUGUUUUCAAAAGCACAUCAAAAAUACAACCACUUACAUUUUUGUUAAUGUGCAUAUUUAAGUGAGUUUUGUUGCAAAAAUACAAAAAAAUCUCUGUAUGCUGACAAACACAUAUUGACCCAGGCAUGGUUUACUUCCUUGCUUGCUGUCACCACAAGCAAAGAUGUGGAUUAAUAAAUUUUAAAACAGACUUUUUAAGUACUAGACUAAAUGCUAUCCAAUCCUACAUUUAUUAUUUUACAAGCUGAGUUUACUCUGAUUCAGAAAAUCUCUUUUUAAAAAAGUAUUCAAAGUAUGAUGGAAAUGUUGUUUCUUAAUACUUAGGUAUUAUUAAAAGCCUAAGUAUUCAACUGAAUGGUAUUUAAUAUCAAUAUUGAAUUACAAAAAGCUGCA